AAUAGUAGUUCCGAGAUGAAACAUGAGGGCAAGAGACUAUUUGAUCCUUCAACUUCGAGGCUGUACCUGUAUUGUGUAUAUCUUAUCCCUGACAAAAAAAAAAAAAUUCUCAAGAUGGGAUUAGCAGGAAGCAAAAUGUGGGAUGAAAUGUCAGAAGAAAGUAAGCCUUCAACUCCAAUAUCACGGAAACCUCUCAGGAUUCUUGAAAUUGACCCUCGUUCUCCGUCUAGUGGGAUAAGUCGCACACCUAUCCAGGUUGAGAAAACUCCCACAAAUAGCAAGGUAACUUCUGUAGAAUCAAAUGCAACUUCUCCCUUGGAAAGACCUAUGUUCCAUUAUCGGGUCAUUGAUGAUUCAAGAUCCCCAUCCUCACAUCAUCAAAGGAUUUCUGUCAAUGCUUGUGUUAAUGCAGGUGGUGAAGGUAAAAUUCAGAAAAAUAAAGAAAGAAAUACUGAUAACCUAGAUCAAUCGGAAAACGAAGGAUCUUAUGAUUACAAAAAUGAAUCUAAACUAAGAGAAGAUUGUCCUAAACCUUUAUUGAAAACCACUGACAGGACACCACUGGCCAGCAGAAUUAAUGUUAAUUCUCUGUGUGUGAGGCUUCUCCACCAACAGUUAGAAGAAAAGAAGAAACCAAAAACACGCGGAUUUAUUCAGGAAGAUAAAGAAAACUGACAAACCAAAUGAAAAUUGUAAAAAAUCGAAGCUAAAAGUAAAUAUGCAUUUCACUUAAAAAAUUAAAAUUCAUAUUAGAUUCUUAAAGAAAUGAAUGUGUAACUAACUUUUCACUUUACAACUGUAUUUGAUUUUACAUAUUCCUAAAUAUAUUAAUUCCUACUGUUCUCUACUAAGCAGUGCUCAUUGUUUUUAUUAUAAUGUUUAAGCAACUUUUACUCACAUUUUGAUAUUUAUGCUAAAGCAAUCCUUCAGGAAUCUUCAUUUGUAUAAUAUAUAUGUAUGUAUGUUUAGAAAUCUGUGUAGUGGUGGUUAUAAGACAAUUAUAUUAUGAAUAUUUUAGGUAACUGUAAUUAUCUAUGAUUUGAA